CUAUUCACUAUUUACUCUUUUCUUUUUCAAACUCAUUUUCGAACAUAUUGAAAAACUACACGUCGUUCGUUUUAUGCGCAUCAUCUAGUUAAACGGCAAAUCCUUUUCUCCGAUCACGUUCGCCGGUGUUAACAGUGAGCGAUGGCUACACCAAAACUAUUAUUCUCCCAUAUCCGCCGUGCUCGUUCCCUCUUUCCGUUCUCUUACGCGCGCCUCUCUAAUCCUAAUCCUAACUCUAAUUCUCGUCCUAACUCAAACCGCUCACAACCUCCAACUUUCUCGGCGAAUUCACUCGCUGCAUUUCAUUUCCUCACCACUCGAUCCUUCUCUUCCUCUCCCGACCAUUCUGACUUCUACGCUAACUCAGUUUCUGAGCUCUCAUCACCGUCGUCAACAGUAGCUACUGAGCUUGAGAGUGUUGCUGAUGCUAUUAGUAAUACUACUGGUGGCAACGUUGACGAGUCGAUUCUUCCGGUUCGGGUUUUAGUUUCGGUUCUUGAUGGAUUUCAUGAUCUCACUGGCUUGCCUUGGUGGUUAGUGAUUGCAUCAACUACAGUGGCAAUGAGACUGACUUUGUUUCCAUUACUUGUUUUGCAACUUAACAAGUUAAAACAGAUAUCAGAGCUACUUCCAAAAUUGCCUCCUCCAUUUCCACCUCCUUUGUCAGGAAAGAGCUAUAGGGAUCAAAUUUCACUCUUUUAUAAAGAAAGAAAAGCAAUUGGUUGCCCCUCAUAUCUAUGGUUUCUUGCUUAUGUCUCCGUUCAGAUACCAUGCUUUCUUUUAUGGAUGACUAGUAUUCGAAGAAUGUCGUUGGAUCAUCAUCCCGGGUUUGAUUCUGGUGGCAUUCUGUGGUUUCAGAAUUUGACUGAAUAUCCUCAUGGUAUUUCAGGCCCCAUCUUCCCGUUAUUGAUUGCUGGUUUGCACUAUAUGAACAUUCAGCUCUCGUUUGAGAAAUUUUCUGUUCAAAAAACAACUGGAAUAUUGAGCUUAUUGGCAAAAUACUACAAAUUGUAUUUGGAUCUUCUCACACUCCCUUUAUUUUUUAUUGGAUAUUGCAUUCCACAGGGAAGUCUGGUCUACUGGAUCACGAAUAGUUCACUAAGUGUUGUCCAGCAAAUGUCCCUCAAGCAUCCUGAUAUUCGUGCAAAGUUAGGGCUACCUGCUAAGGAUUCUCCAAAAACGUCUGCAGAGUCUGAAGAAGUGGGCAUACCACAAGCAUCUGUGACUGCACCAAGCAAAGAUGGCAAAGUUUCUGCGGAAAAUUUAAGCCCUAAGCAACUGCUUGCUAUUUCAGUCCAACUUUUAUCUAAUCAGCAGAGAGAAAGAGCGAUUCCUUUGUUGCAGUUGGCACUUCGUAAAGAUCCUAACUACGUAGGAGCUUUGGUUGUUAUGGGGCAGACUCUACUACAAAAAGAAAUGUAUGCAGAGGCCAGACAACAUUUGGAAUAUGCUAUUUCAAAGCUAUUUGUUGCUGGAAAUCCAACAGAAAAGAAGGAUGUUGAUCUCCAGAUUCUUGCAUCCCAGUGGGCUGGUGUUGCCUGUAUACGGCAGGGGAAGAAUGCAGAAGGAGUUGAACACUUUCAAAGAGUUGCCAGUUUAGAAGAGCCAGAGGACCCAAAGAGCAAAGUCCAUUACUAUGACACUCUAGUAUUUCUGGCAAGUGGUUUGUACAACGAAGGUCGUAAAGCUGAAGCUGCAAAUUAUCUGCGGUUAGCUGUUGCUUUUAAUCCUGCUUUUGAAGAAUUGUUAAAACAGUGUGAAAAUGAUGAUGAUUUUGGUAGUGACCUUAUCAACAGCAGAAGAGAAUACUGACCAUUCUUUUGCAUUCCUUUCCUUAUAUUCUCCAUUCCCCAUUAAAUUUGUACGUUCAUAAUAAUUUCAAGUCAAGCUUUUGGGUCUUUGUUUUUUAUAGAUUUGCCAAGCUUCAUGGUCAGGAAAAACUUCCAAAAGAUUUACAUUACUAUAUUGUAAGUAUUUGCACUCUGAAAAGUUUUAGGGAAUUAAUUAAUGGAGACACCAUGUUGUGGUC